AUGAUUGGUAUUCCUAUGAAUGCGAAUACUGUUUAUGUUUCAGUUGUUCAAACUGGAUGUGUUUCGGGAGAAUUUGAUUCGACUUAUCCUAUUCAUCUCAAUGGAAUUAUCAGUCAAACUGAGUAUCAACAGUCGAUUCAACGCAUCAACGAGGCAUUGAAUUCAACGAAACGAAUGUUCAACUUAUUCUGGAUUAUUUUUGCAAUGACGAUGACACUUUCAACCAUCAGUUUUCUUGUUUCAGGACUAACAGCAGGAAAAAACAUAUCUCAGUCGUUUUAUAUUUUUCUUGCACUUGGAGUGAUAUUCACUACGAUUGGAUCCGUGUUCGUCGGUGUUGGUGCUUGUGUUAUCAAUUCAAAACGUCAAGGUCGUUUACGACGAGCUGUUGCUGAAGAAUCAUUGCGAUAUUCAACAAGAUCACCAGUUCCAUGUAGUUGGAGAUUAGACACAUCACGAAAUUGGAUGGGAGCAUAUGGAAAUCAAAAUAAUUCCAAUUUAGCUUAUAAUUUAGUUAUUGAUAUUGGUCGUUCAAUUCCAAUAGAGAAUAGUCAUUCAACAACAUAUUCAAACAAAAUCUCACCUGCACCCGUAUCGAUGUAUGACGAAGUGGUGAAUUCUCCUUCACCACCAUCAUAUGUCUUUCAAUCGAUAUCAUCAUCAUGUUCAAAAUGUAAUUUUCCACGACAAGAUCUUUCAAUGAACUUUUGUUCAUCGUGUGGAAAUCGAUUUAAUAGAUAA